AUGAAGGUGAAGAAGCAAAAGCGGCACCGGCGAGCCGUGCGUUUCUUCACCGCGGUUUUCGGAUUCCGGCAGCCGUACAAGGUUUUCUGCGACGGCACGUUCAUCCACCACCUUAUCGCGAAUCGCGUCGUUCCGGCCGACACGGCCAUCUCCACUGUCCUCGGCGGCCCAGUGAAGCUCUUCACUUCCAGAUGCGUUGUUGAGGAGCUUAAGCGGCUCGGCCAUUCUUAUUCUGAAUCCCUCGAGGCUUCUCAGAAGCUCAUGACUGCAAGGUGCGAUCACGAGGGGAAGAAGAGUGCAAAAGCUUGCCUAAUAGAUAUAGUUGGGGAAAAUAACCCAGAGCAUUUCUUUGUUGCUACCCAGGAUGCUGAUUUGCGGAAGAAGUUCCAGGAGGUACCAGGUGUCCCGCUGGUUUAUGGUCUGAGAAAUGCACUCUUCCUUGAGCAGCCAUCAACAUUUCAGCAUGAGUUUGCCAAAAGUUCUGAAGCACGUCGCUCUAAGUUGUCAGAUCAAGAGCGUGAGGCUUUAAUAAAGGAGACUGGUCACAUCUUGGAAACUGCAGAAGUAGCUUCUGCAGAUGAACUUGAAGGUCCAAAGCAUGACGUCCGGAAUAAAGGAUUAAAUGUCAAAGAUAGACCUCAAUUUAAGAGAAAGAGAGCCAAGGGGCCGAACCCGCUGUCAUGCCUGAAAAAGAAAAACAUAAACCAAGCGGCUUCUGUGAGCAAGGGGAGUAACGCUUCUGAUAGUUCUGAGGUGAAUAGAAGCAGGAGUAGAAAAAGACCAGAGAAAAAAGAGAGAGGCGGAAGUGGCUGUGGUGAUCUCUUAUUAGCUGUCUCAGCGAACCUCACAUUUUUUCGAGUCGAAACAUAUUCGGUAAUGAUUCAGCUUCCAGGACACAAGACGAUGCUCUUUAAGCCCUUUGACCGCUCUCUGUCCAAGAAUGCAGAUAAUGCCAUCUUUAGGAGUUGCAUACAGUUGGGGGGACUAAUCAGGUUCCUCUGUUGGGGCUGGACGAAACAGUCAGCCGAGUCAAUUCUGGUAUAUCUGUUAUGGAACUCCUGCAGCGUAAAAGCUUUCUGUAACUAG